AUGUACAGAACUAUACCUAACUCACAUCUAGCAGCACCACCGCCUCUAGCGGCGACACACCCGCACCGACAGGGUUACGACAGCGACGCGGGCACACUAAAAGUCGUCUGGGCUGCAUUCCGUGCAAGCGACGCAAGAUCAAGAGACAUGGCCUUCAUGCGCGAACUGCGACAAGCGCGGACAUACCCCGAUGUAUUCAAGCACGCACGGCGUGACUACAUCGAGUCGGCAGUGUCAAGUCCUCGUCAAGUUGUUAAGCUUUCUGACACACCUACUAUCUACAGCUCAGAGGAUAUGCAGCUGUUUCAUCACUAUCUCGUCUCAGCACAUCCUUGGAUUCCGCACGACUGGGAAGAGCUUUGGGUCACAGACGUUCCGGCAGCGUGCCAUAAAUACCCAUAUCUCAUGGAUGCUAUGCUGGCUCUUGCUGGAUCUCAUCUUGCCGUUCAAGUUGAAAAUCCACAGACUGCCCUGGCGGUCCAACAUCGACAAAAAGCCAUCGUUGGCCUCGAGGACGCCUUCGCUAAUUGGCCCCCGACGGCUGAAGAAUCGUAUAUCAUGUUAGCAACUUCUUACCUACUGUGCUUCCAGUCAAGCUACAUAGGUGACGGGUUUCUCGACCACUUUUUAUCCUUGCGGGGAUGCUCAUUCCUCUCUCAGCUUAUCAUAGGCGAAGGCUUUCGCAGCCCUUUCUCUACACAGAAAGGCCUGGACACUAUAGCUAUGGACACCGCAUUUACCAAGUUUCCUGAAGUCGACCAGGAACUUUUGCAAGAGGCUCUACUGUCUUUGAAAUCCCUUUCCAGCAUAAUGGAUGGAACUGGUAUACAUUCCAUCGAGAAGGCCAUUGUUGGCCAGCUCACCGAAACACUUCGACUCCUGCUGCACUCAGACCUGGAAAUCGAAACUGACGAACUUCCAAUACCUCGUGACUCGCCGUUGGGUCUCUUUCCGUUCGCUAACCCGAUCUUACCACAAGACUUCGGGCUCGCGUUUGACAACAUCGACUGGGAGAAUGUUACGGAUCCUCUUCCUGGCGCUCCAUACCCCAUCCGGUCUUUUGCAGCUAUGAUGGUCAUCCUCACGAUCUUCUCAACCUGGCCACACGAAGCACUCAUGCGCAUGUUUGACCGUACAAAUCAGCUCGGCAACGUCAUCAUGGCCCACUUUUGCGCCGUACGAUUCAUUCUGUCGUCGAUAGCUGCUCCAAAAAUGGCUUUGAAAACUCCUACAAGAGCGACUGUUCAAUGGAAUGCUCUGAUCAUGGCAGCUAUAGACGAUGAUGAAAGUGGAGAAUGGACGAAAUAUGUGGAAUGGCCAAGAAAGAUAUUACGAUUGAAUAAGAAAACCAUACGGUCGGUGCUCGUUGGCCAGUCCCCGCUAUCGCUCUCACCUUCUUCGACCGCGACCAAGAAGUACUCCAACUCUCAUUCUCCCGCGCAAAGCGAAAGACCCCAACGGCUACCGGAAAGAGCAACAUCCACCAUCUUCACCAUGCUAGAAGCUCUUGUAUUUGCUAUCCUAAGGUUUCUGGCUCGCAUCCUGCUACUAUGCAUCAACUUCUGGACUUUCAUCACCAAUGUACCUGCGAGAUGUACACGCCUUGUGCUAGCCCUUCUUGCAUUCGAUCCAAUCGCCUGGCUCGGUUCGGCGAUAGCGCUUGCCCUAUUCUUCGCGAUUCGCUCAGGUUACCAGAUGAUUUUAGAGACCGCGAAGCUCCUCGCACUCAGAGAUGAGCUCCAGGCUGAACUUGAGCGUCACGUCGCAAGCAGAACAAUUAGAUUCAAUCGGGUGCGCGCAGGUACUUACGACGAAGGAACUGUCGUGCAGGGUAUCCACAUCAUUGCAGCGGACAAGUGGGAUAUGGUUAUCUGCGGAAUGGAAAUCGCGGGUGGACGGCGAGAUGGGCAUUAUUGGGCUCGCAUACGUGGAGCGGAUGAGUGGAUCAAGUUUGGAAGUCAGCUCGUCAUCAACGGCAAUGAUGUUACCGAGGAGGUGGUGAAGUCAGGUGGGCACGUGGAUCUCCAAUGGGCAGAGACAGAGACACCACCAGAGUACAGACACCCCAUAGGAUAG